AAAAAAUGUCAUUUAUGUAAUAUGCUGUUUGAGGAAUUAUUUAAAGUAGAGAUAUGUUUCUGGUGCUCUAUUUAUACUUUUGUAUAAAUAAGAUGAAUAAAUGUUAUAAAUAAAAUAAUUGGCGGCACAUUUUUUUGGUCGUUAGAGGCGUUUCGUUCACAGAACUAUUCGAACCAAAUUUCAGGACAGCUACGUCAUUUCGCCGAUUUGACCAAUUUCAUAAGUUUAGGGUCUCAUAAUCAGAGGUGAUGAACUGAAACUUGAUGAAUAAGGAUUAAUGUAUUUCAAUUCAGUAUAAUGAAGGAAUCAUGAGAAGUUCACUACAACAAGCAAGUAUCCACUGUGCAGUAUUUGUUGCAACUCAUUUUGUCAACAAGUAUGUAUUGUCUGUGUUGAAGUUCCAAUUUCCAACCAUCUUUCAAGGAUGGCAGACUCUGGUGGGAUUCCUAAUGUUGAGUUUGUUGGUAUCAACAAGGCAUCUACCAACACUUCUUGACAAUACAGACAGAUAUGACAUUGCUAACUGGUUGCCAGGGAUGAUGUUCUUUGUGAGCUCAAUUUAUUCUGGGUCCAAAGCUUUAGCUGCCUUGUCCAUUCCAGUGUUCCUGUCUCUACACAACCUAGUAACUGUGAUACUAUGUACAGCUCAACUUGCCAUAUAUAGACAGUUGACAAGUAUUUACAGUUACACAAUGUUGAUGAUACUGGUUGUAUCAUCAAUUUUAAUAGGGGCCACUGACCCAGACUACCACAUGGAUGGCUAUUUCUGGACCUGUGUUCAUAUUUUAACAACAGGUGGAUAUGGUGUUUAUUCAAAGAUUUCACGAGGAAGAUUAAAAUUAAGUGCUCAUAAAAGGGAGUAUUGUAACUAUUUAACGGGGAAUUUGGAUGUGAAUAUCAUUGUUUACCUUUAA